AUGUCUCACUCUGGAUCCCGAGAGGAAGCAGACUCUAGUGCAGCAGUAGAACCGUCUCCCCAUGGAGCGCUCCUCACUCGGUUCCUCUCCUGGCAUGGCCGCCUUGCACUACCCAAUGUAGAACGGACUACUUUGUCUUCGUACGCCUCUGACAACCGAAUAGUUGUACAGUUUUACCUUGUCAAAGCUCUGGUUCCGGAACAGUUUGUUGGAGCUAUGAAAACCCGAAAUUUAAACGUUUUGCAAACACACCUGACCCUGAAGCCAGGUACCCGGAGCCUGGUACCCUGUAAAUUUCUACCAGUCCAUCCGAUAGACAUGACUAAAAUAAAACUGGAAUGGGGUAAACUCUCUUUAGAGGAAGGAAAAUACACCCCUCUCAUCCAACUGAAUAGCGAGGGAAUCAGAAGGCACCCAGAGAUCGACCACAGAUUUGGGCUCUUUGUACCUCUUGUAAAGAAAGGCAACUGCACCUUGAUUAUCGAUUCCAUCGACGCCAAAGACACCGGCGUUUAUGAAGUAUGGAUGGCACUAGAUGGCAGGUUGCAUGAAGCCUAUCCCAAAACCAAAACUACCAUUUCAGACCAAAAGCAAGCCUCAGGUGCCUCCCGUGCGAACGUUAAACUGACUGUAAUGGCGACAUCCAUAAUGAGUACAACUGCUGAGACGGCCUCAAACCAAACCGAUUAUUUUGUUAUGCUACUUGAUGAUAAACAUGGGAGGACUACGAUUAUUGUAGUGAUAGCAGUACUAUCAAUUCUGUCCGUAUCGGCACUGAUAACAACCAUUAUGUGGUAAGUCAGACAAGUGACUAGA